AUGACUGGCCACGCCAGAUUCCUCAUCGCCAUCGUGCUUCUCUUUUCGUCCACGUGUCAAUGCCUCGCGAUUCGACGAGCUCACCCGCGGUCACUCUAUAUCGUGCGCCUGCGUUCGGCCCUUCCCCUCGCCGCGUAUCGCGGCGGAAUAGCGAGCUUCUCGGGAUGGACGGACGACGACGAUGACUCGGAUGAUCGUACCGGUCCGUCAGGUCUGCGGGCGACAGCGGCGACGGUGGCGCACGAAGCCGCGACGCUGGGCGGCAGCAUUCCGCGGCGCGCGCGGCUGAGCAUGGAGAACCCGCAGCUAAGAGCAUACGCGCAUAUGCUCGAGACGCAGCAGACCCAAGUCGCGUCUGACGUGGGCGUGAUGUCAGAACACAUCGUUUACAAGUACGUGGCAGAAACACGUCUAGAGCCUGUUUUUGGAGCCCCAUUCCAUGGCAUCCCUCCCAUACUGUUCCCACACCGAGUGGGCUACAUGCACACGAGCAACGGGUUCGCAGCGGCCCUCUCCCCGCAGCAGGUGUGGCGGCUGCAGCGGCACCCGGCAGUGGCGGCAGUGACGCGCAGCCGCAGAGUGACCCCUCUCACCACCGAAUCCCCCACCUUCCUGGGCAUGCGCGCCCCCGGGUCGCUGUGGCCUGCCAAUGGCGGGCAGGCGAGCGCGGGCCAGGGCAUGGUGAUAGGCGUGGUGGACACGGGCAUCUGGCCGGAACACCCCUCCUUCAGCGAUAAGGGAUUCUCCUCCUCGAAACCCGCCGGCUGGUCAGGAAAAUGCGACACCACGAGCGAGUUCAAGUGCAAUAAUAAGCUCAUAGGUGGCCGCGUGUUCUACAAGGGAUUUAAGAAGGACAUCGGCGACCCGGACCUGUCUUCAGACUGGUUGUCUCCCCGGGAUUCGGAUGGCCACGGCACAUGGUGUGCAAGCGCGGCAGCGGGCAACAAGGACGUGCCCAUGGCGGGCGGCAAGGCGAGCGGCAUGGCGCCGGCAGCGCGCUUGGCAAUGUACAAGGUUCUCUGGUACUCUGAAGGCUCUCUCACCGGGACAUGGGCCGACAUCGAUGCAGCAGUCAACCAAGCGGUGGCGGACGGUGUGGAUGUCAUCUCGAUCUCGCUGGGCGGCAUGGAUAAUAAGGAGACCUACUUCGACCACAUGCCGUAUCUCAGUGCUAACCUGGCCGGGGUGGUUGUGUCAUAUGCAGCAGGGAAUGCCGGCUCGCCAGGCUACUGGGAUCCUGGGUACUUUCGCACAAUAGACAACUUCUCGCCCUUCUAUCUCACCGUGGGGGCUAGCACCAUAGGCCGUGGCGGUCUAACCCUCAAGGCCGCAACAGCAGCAGCGGCAGGCCUCAGCAACUCAUCCUCCUCCUCUUCAGCCGCCCCAGCAGCCACCGCCCACCCUACCAUUGCCGAUUUCUCCUCCACGGGACCCCUAUGCGACCCUAACACCGACGCCACCGGCGCUCUCCCCACCAACAGCAUCUUAAAGCCCGACAUUGUUGGCCCGGGCGUGGAUCUCUACGCUGCUGCCCCGGGCUCAAAAAUCGGCAAGCCGGGCAGCUUCGCACAGCUGUCGGGGACGUCGAUGGCGACGCCUCACUUGGCGGGCAUUGCUGCUCUCAUCAUGCAGAAACACCCCCCAUGGAGCCCCGCGCAGGUCAUGUCUGCCAUCAUGACCACCGCCAAGACCACUGACACCAGCGGUGCCGCUAUCAAGGAUUCUAACGGCGAGGCUGCUACUCCGUGGGAUAUGGGAGCUGGUCACGUCUUCCCACGCAAGGUGCUGGACCCUGGGCUUACCUUCGAUGCUCGGGCAACGGCGUAUCGGAAUUUCCUUGCUGGGCAGAGUAUGAAGCAGGCGCAGAGGCACUUUCCGAACGCCAAGCUUACUGCGCUUGCUCCCCGUGAGUUGAACCGUCCGAGCAUCUCCAUUUCCCGGUUGAAAGGGAUGGUGACAGCAACCAGAACGGUGACAAGCGUUGCUGAUACGUCCUCCACAUAUACAGCUAACAUCAAGCCUCCCAAUGGUGUCUCCGUCACGGUAUCACCCGACAAAUUCACUAUCACUCCGGGUAAGAAGGUCACUUUCACGGCGACCUUCAAGGUGACUAAGACGUCUAACAACACUCAGUUUGGAAGUAUGACAUGGGUCGAUGAGAAAGGGCACUCAGUGAGAAUGGUGCUUGCUGUCCACCCUAUAAAGAAGUGA